AGCCACAGAAACGAAUCGUGCGCGCCAAUGAAUUGAACAAAGCGGAGAGACAGUAUACCCCCGCCAAACCCAACCUAAAUCUGAUAUAGAGAACAUCUCUCUCUAUAUACCAACUGUGAUAGCUGCUACCAAGGAACAACGCCAAAUCCCAUCAAAUCACCAGAAUGUCUGCUGCAAAUAAAUUGCCUCAUUUGGUUGCCUCAUCAUCCCGCUACAUUGCCGGACGGAAUGCUGUGCAAACGGUGUACUGGAGGGCCUCCGCGGGACCCAAUCCUCGGAUGGUGAAGACCAACAAGACCUGCGAAUUCGACCGCUCCCAGCUGGCGCCGAAGAGUGUGAGGCUGCAGAAUCACAAUCACAGCUUCAUCAACAAGUAGAGGGAAGGACGACUCCAUCCACAUAGCUCUUAGUUCCGGCCUUGACAUGUUCCUAAUGUGUGGACAGACGACGACAGACACACUUUAAAUAUUCAUAAUAAUUUUUUUUUUUUUGCAUUUUGCACUCUAUGUAUUUAUUGUGUGUGUAGUAUUGUAGAGCGAUAAACGUUAUCGUGAGUGUAGUAGUAAUUGUAAACGAAACCGGCACGUAGCGUCACUGGAACUGGAACUAGAGCAAAACCAAAACGAAUCCCAGUGCGAUGUCUCCCCAGAGGCAGGGGCCGCCGCGUGGCUACGGCUAUACAUGUACCUUGGCAUUA